CCUAGGCUGAAGUUGCUGCCCAACUCAAGCAUCUUGCUGCCCAGAAAGGCUGGAGAUGACAGUCUUCAGAAGCUCCUGCCUCCUUUCGUGUUUGCUCAUCUUCAUUCUCCUCCAGCUGCCCGAGCUGGAUGCAGCUCACUUUGACGUGAUCGGACCCCCGGAGCCCAUCCUAGCGGUGGUGGGUGAAGAUGCCGAGCUGCCCUGUCGCCUGUCCCCCAACGUGAGCGCCGAGCGCAUGGAGCUGCGGUGGUUCCGGAAGAAGGUCUCUCCCGCGGUGUUCGUGCGCCGAGAAGGGCGAGAGCAGGCGGGAGAGCAGAUGCCAGAGUACCGGGGGAGAGUGACGCUGGUGGAAGACGACAUCGCCGCGGGGCACGUCGCUGUGAGGAUCCAGGGGGUCAAGGCUUCUGAUGAUGGGGAGUACCGCUGCUUUUUCAGGCAGGACGAAAACUAUGAAGAGGCCAUCGUGCAUCUGAAGGUAGCUGCUCUGGGCUCAGAUCCUCAAAUCCAUAUGGAAGUUCAAGAGAGUGGUGAGAUCCAGCUGGAGUGUACCUCAAUGGGAUGGUACCCAGAGCCCUGGGUGCAAUGGAGAACUCCCAAGGGAGAGGAGUUUCCAUCCAUGUCAGAGUCCAAGAGUCCUAAUGAGGAAGGCCUGUUCACUGUGGCAGCUUCAGUGAUCAUCAGAGACCCCUCUGUGAAGAAUGUGUCCUGCUAUGUCCGGAACCUUCUCCUCGGCCAGGAGAAGGAAGUAGAGAUUUCCAUCCCAGCUCCCUUCUUCCCAAAGCUGAUUCCCUGGAUGGUGGUUGUGGCUGUCGUCUUGGUGGUCGUAGGACUUCUCACAAUUGGGUCCAUAUUUUUCACCUGGAGACUAUACAAAGAAAGAUCCAGACAGAGGAGGGGUGAAAUCAGCACUAAACAGAAACUCCUGGAAGAGCUCAAAUGGAAAAAGGCUACAUUGCAUGCAGUUGAUGUGACUUUGGAUCCAGAUACUGCCCACCCCCACCUCUUCCUGUAUGAGGAUUCCAAAUCUGUCCGACUGGAAGAUUCACGUCAGAAACUGCCUGAGAAACCUGAGAGAUUUGACUCCUGGCCUUGUGUGUUGGGUCGUGAGACCUUCACCUCGGGGAGACAUUACUGGGAGGUGGAGGUGGGAGACAGGACUGAUUGGGCAAUCGGGGUGUGUAGGGAGAACGUGAUGAAGAAAGGAUUUGACCCCAUGACUCCUGAGAAUGGGUUCUGGGCUGUGGAGUUGUAUGGAAAUGGGUACUGGGCUCUCACCCCCCUCCGGACCCCUCUCCCAUUGGCUGGACCCCCACGUCGGGUGGGGAUCUUCCUGGACUAUGAAUCAGGUGACAUCUCCUUCUACAACAUGACUGAUGGAUCCCAUAUCUACAGUUUCCCCAGUGCUUCUUUCUCUGGCCCCCUCCGGCCCUUCUUCUGCCUGUGGUCCUGUGGUAAAAAGCCCCUGACCAUCUGUCCGAUCACCGAUGGGCUUGAGGGAGUCACAGUAGUUGCUGAUGCCAAGGACCUUUCUAAGGAGAUCCCACUGUCCCCCAUGGGGGGAGAAUCUGCCUCUGGGGAUACAGACACCCUCCAUUCUAAACUAAUCCCUACCCAGCCCAGCCAAGGGGUGCCUUGAGGAAUAUCCCAGUUGAACUAUCUCCCUUUGCUCUUACCCUCUCUUGCAUCACCUCUCAGGCUUUAUCUGCCAGCUUUACUUAGCCCCUGUUUCUUCCUGUUUGGUAGAGAUUAAUUAGUCUGGGGAACAUUGUGUUGCUGCUGAUAGAGAGUGUGGGGUGUAGGACCUUCCUAAUCUGUUUCUGCACCAUAUUCAAGGGGCAGGGAGGUGACUCAAACUGCCUCUCACAUUCUCCUGUACCUUAAGGCCAAACCCUAUAGAGAGGGACUUGAAGUUCAGGGAUCAAGAUGGGGCUGGAUAGGCACGGGGUUAUGACAGAAAUAUCUUGGUGUCUAGAAUAGGACUAUGUAGAGGAACAGGUUUUAGGCCAGCUGAAACCCCAAAAGUCCUGGGAAGGGAAGAUUUGAGGCUGAAAUCCCAUAAAGGAACUUGGAGGGGACAUCAGGAUAGAGGGAAGUGAGGUGAACCUAGCCCAGUGAUGGACCUCUGGCCUGCCCCUGGACUUUUAGGGCCUUUAUCUCAAAUUUUCUAAGUCGUGUCCUACAGAAUGGAUCUGAGUAAUUGACAAGGAGAGUAAAGAAUAGAUGAAAUGAGUAGGGCUGGGAGUGGGGGUCGGGUAGAACAUGUGCCAGAGGAGAGAAUUUUAGACAAGGUCAAAUGUUGAGUGCGCAGCCAUGCCUCAGGCCCCAUUCGUUCCCCUCUCUGCACAUCCCCCCUUUCCGCCCCGCCCCUUCUCCCUUGCCUGGGGCUCAUUCUCUUCUUGCUUCCUUGACUCCACAAGUUUCCAGUUCUCUUCUUCCCUUUGAUCUAGAAUCUCUCCAUUUCAGAGGCAAUUCCAGGAAUCAUCUUUCAGUGAUAUCACCACCUUAUCAGCCAUUGUCUCAUCUUCAAUCCAACAUUAGGUUUAAACCCCCUCAACCACAGCUUCAAUUAACUUCAACCUCCAUCCACUUCCAUAUGCCACCGGCAAUCACUCUCCCAUCACCCAGCUUUCCUACAUGCUGCUUCUCCUCAGGGUCCCCUGAAGCCCACGUCAUUGUGUUCAGCACAGCUAGAUUGAUCGCACUUGUUUGUAUUUGCAUUUUCUUGUAUACCUGUGUCUUGUCUUGUUGCCAACAGCCUGCAAAUUUAUCCAGGCUCCCACCUUCCAUUUCCAUUGGGUUUUCCAGUUUCCAGGAUAGAUGUCACCUCUGCUCUUAACCUAAUAAAUAUGUCUUCUAACUGCUGAAAA